UUAAAAGCGGCUCAGGAUCUCACAAGCUCACUUGUUCUUGAUCUCAGACGGUUUAUUGCUUUUCUGAAGAGAAAGAUCGCGCUUCGUUUAUUCAUUUUAUUUCAACAGGAGGUAUUAGUAUAUAACAAUAAUAAUCAGUUUCUAUAACGGUUAGUAAUAAUAAUGAUGAUGCAGAGGUUGCGGUGUGUCUCGAGCCGUGGGGUGCUGGUGGUCCCCGGAGCCCUGGGGCAGUGGUGCGGGGUGUCAGGGCGCGGGACGGGGACGGGGACGGGGACGGGGAGGUGCCGGUACAGCACUGCCGAGGCCGCCGCGGCACCAACAGCUCUGCGCAAGACCAAACCCAAAGAGAGGACGCUGAACAUGGAGAACCUGAACCCGCAGGUGAAGGCGGUGGAGUACGCGGUGCGAGGACCCAUCGUCAUCAAAGCCGCAGAGAUAGAGAGAGGAAUGCUGCAGGGAGGGAAGAAGCCCUUCUCAGAAGUCAUCAAGGCCAACAUCGGAGAUGCCCACGCCAUGGGACAGCAGCCAAUCUCAUUCCUCAGACAGGUGGUGGCUCUGUGCACGUUCCCCGAGCUCAUGGACAGCCCGAGUUUCCCCGAGGACGCGAAGUGGAGAGCACAGCGCAUCCUGCAGGGCUGCGGGGGACAAAGCAUUGGCGCUUACAGCUCCAGCGAGGGGGUGCAGUGUAUCCGGGAGGACAUCGCAGCCUACAUCGAGCAGAGAGAUCAGGGUGUACCAGCUCACUGGGAAAACAUCUUCCUGACCACCGGGGCCAGCGAUGGCAUCAUGACCAUGUUAAAGCUACUGGUGUGGGGUGAAGGUCGGAACCGUACAGGGGUGAUGAUCCCCAUCCCUCAGUACCCGCUUUACUCAGCCGCCAUCACCGAGCUGGGCGCCGUACAGAUCAACUACUAUCUUGACGAGGACAACUGCUGGGCGCUGGACGUCAACGAGCUGCACAGAGCGUACCAGGCGGCUAAACUGCACUGCCAGCCCCGCGUGCUCUGCAUCAUCAACCCCGGGAACCCCACCGGUCAGGUCCAGAGCAAGAAGUGUAUCGAGGAAGUCCUGCACUUCGCCUACGAGGAAAACCUCUUUGUUAUGGCUGAUGAGGUGUAUCAGGAGAACGUGUAUGCCCCGGACUGCCGGUUCCACUCGUUUAAGAAGGUGCUGUAUGAAAUGGGUCCGGAGUACUUUAACAGUGUGGAGCUGGCCUCCUUCCACUCCACCUCCAAAGGAUACACGGGAGAGUGUGGAUUCAGAGGAGGUUUCAUGGAAAUCCUUAACCUGGACCCGGAGGUCAAGGCCCAGCUGGUGAAGCUGCUGUCGGUCAGACUGUGUCCCCCCAUGGCAGGACAGGCUGCCAUGGACGUGAUCGUGAACCCUCCUCAACCGGACGAGCCGUCCUUCAUGCAGUUCCAUGAGGAAAAGUCAGCAGUGCUGGGAGCUUUAGCAGAGAAAGCGAAACUGACCGAACAGAUCCUUAACUCGGUGCCUGGGAUCAAGUGUAAUCCGGUGCAGGGGUCCAUGUACGCCUUCCCUCAGAUCUUCAUCCCUCCAAAAGCAGUGGACGAAGCGAAGGCUUUGGGGAUGCAGCCGGACAUGCUGUACUGCCUGCGGCUCCUCGAGGAAACGGGGAUCUGCGUGGUGCCUGGGAGCGGCUUCGGACAGAGAGAGGGCACGUACCAUUUCAGAAUGACCAUCCUGCCGUCUCCAGAAAAGCUGAAGGUUCUGCUGGAGAAGGUGCGAGAGUUCCACCUCGGGUUCCUGAAGGAGUACUCGGAGCUGCAGGACCCUCAGUGCAGCGUCUCGGCAUGAGCUACUGAACGCCGACCCGCAACACCACACCGACGUCUGGAACGCGACUUGACGCUCUAAUCACGAUUACGAGUCGUGUUAAGUAACUUAUUAUGUCCAUAAAGUCUGCUUGAACUCCUCCACCAAACCCCCAGUGUUUCUUUUUUGCUUUUUUUUUUUUUUAUCUUUUCUCCAAAGUUCUAAAGGUUAAUGUCGUGUCUGAUCUCUGUGCCUUUGUGCUGAUGUAUAAUGAUGAUUACGGAUGAGAUGAAGUCGGGAUACGUUUAAUUACUUCGCUACAUUAACGCAUGAACUGAUGAUGAGCUCGUUUUUAUAGACUAUGAAUGAGAAUAAGCCGUUUUGUUUUUUCCUUAGUAUUUCCAACAGGACUCAUCUUCAUUAGACGUCUCUUCACGUUACAAGAGAUUACAGAAUGAGAUUUAUCGUUAGGACUAAAUAUUACGGGAUUUAUUUGGACCUGCCUGAAUGGUAUACGAAGCUCCUCUGGUUGUUUCCUGUAUCAAUAAAAACACUGUGGGGCUUUUAAUUUUACAGUAUUAAAUACUAGCAUACUAUCGCGCUAGCUAACGUUCAACUAUGUAAUUAAAACCGCAGGGCUAAUAAUCAGUUAUUAAGCUAUCUUACUAGUUGCCAGAAUGUUAGAUUACAGUCUGUAAGCAGUUCAGAUUUGGGGGUUAAAUCUCGUCUCCGGUGUGUGUGUGUGUGUGUGUGUGUGUGUGUGCUUCAGGAUGUACCCUGGGAGAACAUUUUAUUAUCUUACUUUCCUAUCUUUUUCUGGUUUGCACUUAUUAUGAGCAUCUGAUUUAGUUUUUAUUGUGCAACUGAAACAUUAGUACCAGGGGCGUUCGAGUCAAACUGGAACUUGAUGAAAUUUCAUUCAAGUUCCAGUUUGAAUCAGGAAAUGUCACUGAAGUCUAAAUCCAAUUGACGUUCAUAAAAAACUUGUGCGGUGAUGAGACUCUUAGCCGCAGGAAAACCUUUAAACGGUGCAGAAGUUUUAAAGAACGUUGUACGUCUGUGAGAGAUCCCGGCCGAGGUCUCUACCUCGAUGGUGUCUAAGAUCUAGACUGGGAUAAGUGCAUUAGUGUAUCCGGGGAUUAUAUAGAGGAAUAAAGGGAGAUUUUACUCUCAUACACUGCUGUUAUUCUGUACCAUCAAAAGUCCCGGUUUAACUCGAACGCCCUGUUGUAGCGAGCAGUUUGUUUAAUAAUACUUUAUUCUAUACAUUAAGAAACCAGUUUUAAAAUUUCUUACUUUUUCCGAUUCCUUUUGUAAAUAUUUUCUGCAUUGUUUUUAUUAAUAGAGGAUGUAGGGAGGGGCGGCACGACGCUCUGUGCUCGGUUGAAACAUUUUAAAAACACUUGCGCACGUCCCAGGCAAACCCCGCUGCAUGCAGAAUAAAGAAACGCACACUGGGACGUGCUGGUCUAAUUUCAGAAACGCACAUUUCAUGAUGAUUCAUUUUUUGUUUGUUUGUGUUUUUCAUUAACAAUGACAUCAUUAACAAUGACAUCAUUUCAGCAUUGUGAGCUUAUGGUGAACAUGUUAAAGUUAUAUAGAAGGUUAACGUCUCUGGUGGAUGCACGUGUUUCUUGUUUUGUUUAUAUUUGUUUGUUUAUUUGUGCCUCUAUGGGCGUAGUUGUGUUACAGUUUUUUUUUUUUUUUUUUUUUUUUUUACAAUGUAUUUUUGUAUUGAAGACAAGAAAUUAUACAUUUUGCACAUUUUUAAAAACUUUCUAUCAAGCAGACGAUUACAUUUUUCCCAGAAGAUACAGAAAUUUGCCAAAAUGUUUAUAACAGUUUAUUAAAUUAUCAUGAACCUUCUUUUUUUCUUUUUCUUUAUAUUGUUACAAGCACCGUUUUUCAUUUGGGAAACCUCCGUAUGUUGCAUUUUAACUGUUCCACAAAAACUUGAACUUGAAUGAGAUCUUGAUUUUAUUUAUGCAGUAAACGUCUUUAAAGUACGGCUGCUGUGGACGACUUGAGAUUUUUCUUUUCUUUCCUCAUGAGUAAGAAUGAUGCGCAGAGACGACGCUUAUCUAUGCAGUCUCAUUCCAAAUGUUACAGUAACUUAAAGUCACCAUGAUAUUAAUAUAUUUUACUUUUUGUCUGCAUAUGCCUAAAUUUCAAUGUUUUGACUUUUUGCAUUAUCCAGAGUUUGCAUUUUACUUUGUGGAAAUAAAUUUCAAUGAAAUGAAGGUCAAAUUAAGAAAGGAUGAUCAGUUUUGUAUGAAUUUCUAAAAGGUCCAUCCACAUUUUUGUCAAUAUUUGUUUACUCUCAUUUUGCAUCGCUUCAUAAACGUCUAAUUUGACAACAUUCUUGUGUAAAUAGUAAAAAAACUAAAUGCCAAAACCAAGCUGUCAUUAAAAUGAAG